UGCGGGGGCAGUGUUGUUAAAUAUAUACGGUAGAAGAAGAAAGACAAGCAGUCUUAGAUCCCAGACGAAGAAACAGGAGGAGGGAAACAUGGCGUCCGUUGCCGGUUGUGAGCACUAUGUUCGCAGCUGCUUAUUGAAAGCAUCUUGUUGUGGCAAACUCUACGUGUGUCGGUUGUGCCAUGAUGCAGAAGAAAACCACCAGAUGGAUCGAUUCAAAGUCAGAGAGGUGCAGUGCUCGGAGUGUCUGACAGUUCAGCAGGCACAACAGAGCUGUCAGCAGUGUCAAGUGCAGUUUGGGGAAUAUUACUGUAACAUUUGCCACUUGUUCGACAAAGAUAAGAAGCAGUACCACUGUCAACCCUGUGGAAUAUGCAGGAUUGGGCCCAGGGAGAAGUAUUUCCACUGUGACAAGUGCAAUCUGUGUUUAGCCAAGGAUCUACAGGGAAACCACAAGUGUGUGGAAAACGUGUCAAGGCAGAACUGCCCUGUGUGUAUGGAGGAUAUUCACACUUCCAGAAUUGGUGCUCAUGUUCUUCCGUGCGGCCAUCUUCUACACAAGACCUGCUUUGAUGAUAUGGUCAGAACAGGAGCGUACCGCUGCCCUCUGUGUAUGCACUCUGCCUGGAACAUGGAGGACAACUGGGAACAGAUAGAUGUAGAGAUUGCCCAGUCACCGAUGCCCACUGAGUACCAGGGUGCAACUGUCAAAAUUGUAUGUAACGAUUGCCAAGCCCACUGCACCGCGCCUUUCCAUGUGCUGGGCAUGAAGUGCAGCGGCUGUGGCUCUUACAACACGGCACAGGAGGGAGGACUCCUCCAGCAGCCGCAACGACAGCCAGCAGAGCAGGACGCUGCGGUGGAAGAAGCAGAAACAGACACAGAGCCCGAGCAGCAAGAUCAACCUGAGUAACACACGUCACAUUAUUUUUAGAGCCCAAAUGAAUCCCCUCUGUCUUGUCCACUUAAUUGUGGUAACUUGGGUUGAUUAUAACAGUACACAGAUCCAUCCUCCUUUUGAUGGUUUAUUACAAACAUCUUUUGUCUGCAGCCCAAUAAACAUAUCCCAGCAUGCACUGGGCAAGGAAAACAAUAUCUGUCCCAUUCAGACAUCUGUCCUGAGUGAUCUCACGAGUACCUGUCUGAACACUCCCAAUCCAUUCUGAA